GGCCGGCCGGGCGGGGCUUGGCGGCGAUUCGGAUCGGAGCCCGGGCGGCGGCGGCGGCGGCGGCGGGAGGCUGAGCAUGAAUCGCUUCAAGGUGUCCAAGUUCCGCCACGCGGAGGCCAGAGUGGCCCGCAAGGAGGCCUGGAUUGGAAACCUCCGAGCCGGCUUCCCGGCUGCUUCGGGGAACCACAUCAAGGCUGGCAGCCGCUGGAUCGCCUUCCACACAGACUCGGCGGGUGUGCUGGGCCUCGUGCCCUUGGAGGGCCAGAAGGGAUCCCAGAGGGUCGUUUCGCAGCUGGGCUGCCACUCAGAUGUGGUGACAGAUUUUGACUUCUCUCCCUUUGAUGAGCAGCUCUUGGCCACAUGUUCGUCCGAUGAAGUGGUGAAGGUGUGGCGCCUCCUGGACUCUGGCCAAGACCUCUCGUCUUCCCCCCACAUUGCCCUGGGGCCGGAGGGCCGGCCGGUGGACUUGCUCCUCUUCCACCCCACGGCAGACGGCAUCCUGGCCAGUGGGGCCCAGAAGGCAGUGAAGGUUUGGGAUGUGGGGCAUCGGCAGACUCUGGCAGAGCUGGAGCCUCACGACGACCAGCUCCAGAGUUUGGCUUGGAAACCUGAUGGCUGCCUGCUGGCCACUUCCUGCAAGGAUAAAAAGCUGCGGAUCUUUGACCCACGUGCCAAACCUACGGCUUGCCAGAGCGUCCUGGCACACGCGAAUGGCAAGGACUCGCGGCUGAUCUGGGUGGACGCCGAAGGCUGCCUCCUCUCCGUCGGAUUCAACCAGGUGAGGGAGCGUGAAGUCAGGCUUUGGGACACACGGAGAUUCGGCAGCUCUCUGGCCUCCAUCACCCUUGAUGCGUCUCCCAGGGCCCUGAUCCCGCUCUUUGACCCCAGCACCGGCCUCCUCGUCCUGGCAGGGAAGGGGGAAAACGUCCUCUUCUGCUAUGAGGUGCUGCCCAGCCAGCCGGCACUGGCAGAAGUCAACCAGUGCUUGACAGAGACCAAGUCCCAGGGCAUCGCCCAGGUGCCCAAACUCGCCCUGGACAUCAUGGGCUGCGAGGUGAUGCGGGUCCUGCAGCUGAGCGAAGCUGGCAUCGCCCCCAUCAGCUAUGUGGUGCCCCGGAAGUCCACACAGGAGUUCCACAAAGACUUGUUCCCCGACUGCGCAGGAAACGUCCCUGCGGCCUCCGCACAGGCCUGGUGGUCCGGAGACAACAGCCAGGUGGCGAGGAUCAGCCUCCAUCCUGCCCAAAGGCCCAGCAAGGCCUUCAUCUCUCCCUGCCUCCAGGAGCACCGAACCCCCGACCUCUCCGCCCAGCCAGGGGCAGGGGACCAGGCCGAGGACCCGGAGAUGAGUGCCGGCAGCCCCCUCUCCUCCCCCACCAGCUCCCUGACGUCCCCCUCUGGCGCCACAACACCCUCCCUCUCGGCCACCAGCGGCUUUGCCUCCAGCCCCAGCCAGCGGUCCCUGCAGAGCAUUCUGGGACCCAGCUCGGGGUUCCGCCACAUCCAGGGUGCUGUCCUUCACCGCAGCACCCACAUCACCAACCUCCGGGGGCUGAACCUGACCACGCCGGGGGAAUGCGAUGGCUUCUGCGCCAACCGGCACCGUGUGGCCAUCCCACUGCUCUCUGCCGGAGGGCAGGUGGCUGUCUUGGAGCUCUCCAAGCCAGGCCGCCUCCCGGACACAUCGCUCCCCACCAUCCAGAACGGGACGCCCGUCUCUGACCUGUGCUGGGACCCCUUUGACCUGCAGCGCCUGGCGAUUGCUGGAGAAGACGCCAGGAUCCGGCUGUGGAGGGUCGAGGAGGGAGGUCUGCAGAAGACAAUUCUGGAGCCUGAGUUGGUUCUACAAGGCCACACGGAGAAGAUCUACUCCAUCCAGUUCCACCCCUUGGCUGCCGACAUCCUGGCUUCCUCGUCCUAUGACAUGACCGUCCGGAUCUGGGACCUGCGUUCCGGCGGGCAGGUGCUGAGGCUGGAGGGACACCGGGACCAGAUCUUCAGCUUGGCCUGGAGCCCCGACGGACGCCGCCUGGCCACCGUCAGCAAGGACGGCCGAGUGAGGGUCUACGAGCCCCGGAAAACCUCCCAGCCCCUGCAGGAAGGCCCGGGGCCCGAAGGCGGACGGGGAGCCCGCAUCGUCUGGGUGUGCGGAGGCAAAUACUUGCUGGUAUCGGGCUUUGACAGCCGCAGCGAGCGACAGCUCUCCCUCCACCCGGCGGAGUCUCUGGGGCCCCCGGUGGCCACGGUCGGCCUCGACGUCUCGCCAUCCACCCUCAUCCCCUUCUACGACGCAGACACAGGCGUGGUCUUCCUCACGGGCAAGGGCGACUCCAGGGUGUUCAUCUACGAGGUGGUCCCAGAGGCACCCUUCUUCCUGGAGUGCAACAGCUUCCCGUCCACUGACCCCCAUAAGGGCUACCAGUUCCUGCCCAAGACGGAGUGUGACGUUCGGGAAGUGGAGAUUGCCCGUGCCCUGCGCCUCCGGCAGACCUCCAUUGAGCCCGUGGCCUUCCGGGUGCCCCGGGUGAAGAAAGAGUUCUUCCAGGACGACCUCUAUCCUCCCACGGAGGUGCGGUGGGAACCGGCACUGUCGGCCGCUGCCUGGCUGGGCGGCUCUGACGGUCAGCACCGCAAGGUCAGCCUCCGGCCAAAAGACAUGACCCCAGUGAGCGAAGCCCCGAAGGAGGCUCCCAGCCGGAAAUAUGUGCCGUCCUCCGUCUACCUGGAGGAGAAGUCGGACGAGCAGAAGAAGGAGGAGCUCCUGAGUGCCAUGGUGGCCAAGCUGGGCAACCGAGACGACCCCCUCCCUCAGGACGCCUUCGAAGGAGUGGAUGAAGAGGAGUGGGACUAACAGCGGAUGCUUUGACCAGGGACCGCAUGCAGUCGCCUUUCUGCCCGGAUGACCCCCUGCAGCCGGAUUCCAGCCACCCUCUCCUCCAUGGACUGGAGGGUCCCCAGACCUCAGCCCCCCCCCCUGGGAGGAGCAGGCUGACUUCCAGGCUCCUCUCCCCCCUCUCUGCGCCAGCACCGCCAAGGAGAUCCUGCCCGCCAAGUCUUCCUUCCUCCCC